GAAAGACGGUUGGGCCCUGAUAGGGUGGGGUAGUGGUCUGCACCGGUAGGCGAGGGGAGAUCCGGCCCUGGGGGCGGGGUCUGCGGCUGUCCGUCCUCCGCGGGAGGGGGAGAGGCUGCGGCCGGCGCGUGCGCGUGGCCACGCCGGGCGUUUCAAAACCCCUGCGGCCGGGACGGAGCAGCGUGAUCGCUGCGUGCGCUGCACGGGAGCGGGCGCUGCUCAGCUGCCUCACCGCUAGGUUCGACUCCUUCUCUCGCGGGAUCCGGGUCCGCGCUCGACGCCCGCUCUCUCCUGCCGCCCCGCCGACGGGGGUCGCCAUGGUUCACUUCUUGCACCCGGGCCUUUCGCCCAGGAAUAUCGUCCCUCCCGAUGCUCAGAAGGAUGCCCUGGGUUGCUGCGUGGUGCAGGAGGAGGCAUCUCCCUACUCUUUGGUCAACAUCUGCCUGAAUGUCCUGAUUGCUAACCUAGAGAAAUUGUGUUCUGAAAGAUCUGAUGGAACAUUGUGCCUUCCUGAGCAUUGGAGUUUCCCUCAGGAAGUAGCUGAUCAAUUCCUUGAGGUGAUGACAUGGCAAGGCAAGUUGACUGAUAGAACAGCAAGCAUUUUCCGAGGCAACCAAAUGAAACUGAAGCUGGUCAAUAUUCAAAAAGCUAAAAUCUCGACAGCUGCGUUCACAAAAGCCUUCUGCCAUCACAAAGUCAUUGAGCUGGAUGCUACUGCAGUGCACACUGACCUCCCAAUUCCAGACAUCCUAAGUGGACUCUGCAGCAAUAGCUGGAUCCAGCAAAACCUUCGGUGUCUCCUGUUGGACUCGACAAGCAUCCCUCAGGAUUCAAGAUUACCGUUCUUUGGUCAGCUUACCGGUCUUCGCAUUUUAAGUGUUUUCAAUGUUUGUUUUCAUAGUGAAGACCUGGCUAAUGUUUCUCAGUUACCAAAACUGGAAAGCUUGGAUAUCUCCAAUACUAUGGUCACUAACAUCUCUGCACUCCUUACCUGUAAGGAUCGACUCAAGUCUCUCACAAUGCACUAUCUGAAGUGUCUGACCAUGACCAAACCACAGAUUCUCGCAGUUAUUAGAGAACUUAAAUGUCUGCUUCACCUUGAUAUUUCUGAUCACAGGCAACUGAAAUCAGAUCUAGCUUUUCAUUUGCUGCAGCAAAAGGAUAUUCUGCCUAAUAUUGUGUCACUGGAUAUAUCAGGUGGCAGUUGCAUCACCGAUGGAGCUGUAGAACUGUUUAUACGGCAGCGGCCUGCGAUGCAGUUUGUGGGACUGUUGGCUACAGAUGCUGGUUAUUCUGACUUCUUUACUGCAAAGCAAGGCUUGAGGCUUGUAGCUGUAGGAAUGAGGAAUCAUCCAUUGGAUUUGCCCGUGCAGUUCACAGCCAGUGCUUGCGCCCUCAACUUAACACGCCAGGGCCUGGCCAGGGGGAUGCCUGUUCGUCUGUUGUCAGAGGUCACCUGUCUGCUUUUCAAGGCUCUGAAAAAUUUCCCCCAUUACCAGCAGUUACAGAAGAAUUGUCUUCUCUCCUUAACCAAUUCCAGGAUUCUUGUGGAUGUUCCAUUUGACAGGUUUGAUGCUGCCAAGUUUGUUAUGAGAUGGCUGUGUAAGCAUGAGAACCCCAAGAUGCAAACAAUGGCAGUGAGCAUCACCUCUAUACUAGCCCUGCAGCUCUCAUCUGAGCAAACUGCACAGCUUAAGGAAGAGCUCCUCAUGGCAGUUAAAGAACUUCUAACAAUAGUAAAACAAAAGACUACUGAAAAUUUAGAUGAUGUCACCCUCUUGUUUACUUUGAAAGCACUUUGGAAUCUUACAGAUGAGUCUCCAGCUGCUUGCAACCACUUUAUAGAAAAUCAAGGAUUGUCGAUCUUCAUCCAAGUCUUGGAGACUUUUUCAGAGUCAGCAAUACAAAGCAAAGUACUUGGUCUUUGGAACAACAUAGCUGAAGUUAGAGAACUCUCUUCCAAGCUGGUGACUGAAGAUGUGGUGAAACAUAUCAGCAGCUUGCUCCAUAGCAAAGAAAUGGAAGUCAGCUAUUUUGCUGCAGGUAUCAUAGCCCACCUGACAUCUGACAAGCAGCCCUGGAUGUCCCAUGACCUUCAGAGGAGUGCUCUUCUCCAGGAUUUGUAUGAAACCAUCCAGAAUUGGCCAAGUUCAAGUUGUAAGAUGACUGCGUUGGUGACCUACAGAUCCUUCAGGGCAUUUUUCCCACUCCUUGGCAACUUCUCUCAACCAGCGGUUCAGCUCUGGGCACUAUGGGCAAUGUAUCAUGUCUGCAGUAAAAACCCCAGCAAAUACUGCAGAUUGUUAGUCGAAGAAGAAGGAUUGCAGCUUUUAUGCGACAUACAGGAGCACAGUGAGGCAGACCCCCAAGCACAGAAGAUUGCAGCCUCCAUUCUAGAUGACUUCAGAAUGCAUUUCAUGAAUUAUCAGAGACCCUCUCUGUGUUGAGUGUCCUCCUCAGCCCCUGGGGUGCUGUCUGUUCCUCGGUGUCAGCCCUUCUGCCUUGUCAGCAGUUCAGUGUUGAAACAAGUUGUCAUUGGAGUUUGUGAGUUGGCUGCCUCACUGGCCUUUUGCUGUUGAUUUUCUAUAGGCUACAAGAAGGCUGGAUUUGAACGAUAGCCAUAAUCCUAAAUCAAGUUGGAAUCAUUCUGGGAACACCCCUUCAACACCUUUGAAAAAUCAAGCCUGGGACUCUGGGGAGACCGAAGAAGUGGAAGGGCUUGCAAACCCCAUGGAGCAACAUGGAAAGAAGGACAACAAUGACCACUGCGUUGGUUCCUGCCUGCUUCUGCCAUUAUGAUACCCACACCCACCAGGUGAGUCAGGAGGGCUUUCACAUGUUCAUCUGCCCCUUCUUUCUUUCCACACCUCCUGUGUGCCUGCCUCUGGUAUACCCAGAACUGCCCUGCAUAUUUGGCUAGCCCAGAACUCUCCCCUGAGCUCUAAGCCUGAAUAUACAAUUGCCACUUCACAUCUUGACCAAUCUGUUAAAAAAAUGAUCAGUCUUUUCUCCUGUUCUCUUUGUGAGCAAAUGAUCUAUCAACUUAGAAGUCAGUUCUGUAGCUCCCUCUUCCUCACCCAUGGAAUUUACUCAGGCUCCAAUGCCAGUUCAACAUCUUAAAUACAUCUCAGAUCUUUCAGCUAAUAUCCCUCCUUGCAGCCAGUAAACUGGUAUGGGCUCUUCCCUCUGCUUUAUGGAUCACCCAAAAUUGGCCCUCCUGCCUUCAGUCUUACUCCCCCUCCCUACUCCGUAUUCAUUCCCUCAUUUGGGUCAGGGUCCUCUUUCUAACCCAAAUCCAACUAUGUCCCUCCCUUUCCCUUUACACCAAAAUUAAGUCAAAUUCCUUAAUACCACCCAAAGAUGCCCCCCUUUCCCUAACAUGGCCAUCGAAUCCCACUCUGGCCUCAACUCACCCCCUCCAAUCUAGGCCACUUGUAGGGAAGAGAGACCAGUUCUGGGCAAGGGCUCAAAUACUCUUGUACCUUCUUGGCUGUAUCCCCUCCUGUGUUUACCCAUCCUUUGGCCUUCAAAGACCUGUUAUUAUUGUCCCCCAAGGUCCUGAGCCUUGUCUGUGAAAUAAGCAGUAUUUAUUAAGAUGGCAUUUUCAGUGUGAGUUAAUCUGAGACACAGGGAAGGGACAAUAAAAGUUUUGGGGCUCUCAAGGGACAGGGUUCCCAGUCAGGAGUUAGAGAACUGUAGUUCAAGACAGAAAUCUGUAACAUUCAGACUAGGUGGGCUUCCUUAGCCUCCCCAGAAACCUUCAAAGAGUUCUUUGAGCCCAACAGGUCUGGAGGUCCCACAGAACUCAGAUGUCCCCAAGGUCUUCUCCAGCUCUGGUGCUCCAUGAAAGAAAAUGCUGCAACUCUGGGGAAGGGAAACUCUGGUAGAGACAAAGAAACCACAUCAGAGGGAUUGAGGAAAACCGUCUAGAGGUCCAAAAUCUUUGUGGCAGAUAGACCCUAGAGUGGGCCCCAUCUUCAUAUCCUCAAUAAUCUCCUUGCCUGGAGUGUGGGCAGGGCCAUGUGAAUGGCUUCUAACCAACAGAAUACAGCUAAGCUCAUAAAAUGUCAUUUCCAAGAUUAAGGUUUAAUGAUAUGGCAGAGGUGAUGAGAUAUCCGUUCCAUAAUUAAGUUACAAUGUAUAUAAGGCUCUGUCUUGCUAGGACACAGUAGAGACACUAGUGGACCUACAGAGAGGGUCAUGCGGCAAGGAACUAUAGACUUGGCAAGGAAUUACAUGCGGAGUUGCUGAGAGAGACCCCCCAGGCCAACAGGAAGAAAAGAGGUCUUCAGUCCCACAACCACAGGAAGUGAUUUCUAUCAAUGGGAGGAGCUUGGAAGCAGAUCUCUCCCUAGUCAAGCCUAUGAUGAGACCAUACCCCUGGCCAGUUCUUGGAUUGUGGCCUUGUAAAAUGCCGAAGUAGAGAACCCAAAUACAUUGUGCUUGGACUUCUGAUGUACAGAAACUAUAACAAAUGUGUGUCAU